CAGGGUGGGAGUUUGGUGAGGGGACAAUGAGCUAUCGAGCCUUGAAAGUGUCAAAAGUUGUGUUUUAGAUUCCAGGGUAAGUGCAAGAUAUGCAAUGCGCAGAACUGGGGGUCAAUUCCUGAGUAGGCAAAGGGCACCCAAGUGCAAGGGAGUGUGGUUACAUGGUUGGGUGUACAAAGACACUAAUAACGGAAGAGCAAAAAUGUGCAAAAAGACACACAUGUGCAAAGAGCAGAAUUGUGCAAUGGGACAGCCUUGCUCCAAAAUUAGUGGCCAUGUCCUUAGGGUGCAAAUAAGAAUGUCAAUGUGGCUGGGUGGGUGCCAAGGCAGAGUGAGCCAAGGAUGAAGUGUGUAGGUUACAAAUACACGGAAGUGGCAUAUGUAGAUCUAGAGCCCAGAGAUGCGUUUCAAGGGUUGGUGUGCAGACUACGGGAUGACUGUGGGAAGGGCAAAAGGGGAGCACAGAAAGAAGUUGGCGCUGCAGAGUGGGGUUCAUGGAUAAAAGGAGUCCUCCAGCUUCGGAUCCACAGACGGAAUCAGGACCCCACCUCAGAUUCAGAUCCGUGGAUCUCAGCCUCCGGCCCAGCUCUGGCCCCAGCUUUGCCCUUGGUCCCUGCCUCUUUCCUCUUCAGCCCUGGCGUCUUGCUCCCUGAGACGGAAUAUUGUCCUUGGAGGUCCCCAAAGAAGGAGUCUUCCAAGACCUCCCAACGCUGGAGCGAAUCCAAGCCCAGGGGAAACUUAACAUACCACCAGUACAUGCCCCCGGAGCCGAGACAAGGGUCCAGGGCAGACCCCCAAGUUGAGAGGUCAGCCCUGGGUCCCCAGGGGCCACCUCUGUGGGAAGGGACAAACUCACAGCAGCUACAUUCUAGAAUGAAGCCCACUCCCCUCACUCCCUUCCAACCAGGAGUCCCCAGCCCUUCUCCCCCUCCACACAAGUUGGAACUUCAGACCCUUAAACUGGAGGAGCUGACGGUGAGUUUGGGGGACAACUUUCCAGGUGUGUCCUUUCUUUUGGUGGGAUUAACCGCAGCCUCUGCCCCAAGGAAAUCCAGGAGUCUGGGUCCCCAGUUUCAUCUUUUGGAGGGUUCCAGAUCUUUCCUAUCUCGUUUCCCAAAUGUCCUCCCCAUUCCCGGCCUGCUGCCCAAGCACGCCCAGCACCCACUCUACCCGCCCCCUCCCCAGGUCUCAGAGCUCCGGCAGCAGCUGCGCCUGCGGGGCCUCCCGGUGUCCGGGACCAAGUCGAUGCUCCUGGAGCGCAUGCGCGGCGGUGCCCCGCCCCGCGAGCGGCAAAAGCCGCGGCGGGAGGACGGCGCGGCGGGUGCUCCCUGGCCACGCCUCAGGCCCAAGGCCCUGGGAACCUCCCGGCGGCAGGGCACGACCAAGUCGAAUCCCGCGUCUCACAAGCCACCUCCUCCACGAGCGGCCGAGAGCCUAGUGGCCGCUCCGGCUCCGCCUCCGCCGCCGCCGCCGCCGCCUCCCCCUCCUCCUCCGCCGCCGCCGCCUCCGGCCACAGCCCUAACAGCUUCCUCAGCGCCCCUGACGCUGGAGGAGGAGCUGCAGGAAGCCAUCCGGAGGGCGCAGCUGCUUCCGAAUCGGGGCAUUGAUGACAUCCUGGAGGACCAGAUGGAGCCUGAUGACCCGCUGCCCCCCAUUCCUCUGGAUUUUCCUGGCUCCUUCGACGUGCUGUCCCCCUCCCCGGACUCUGAAGGCCUCUCAUCUGUCUUCUCCUCGUCACUCCCAACCCCCACGAACUCCCCAUCCACCUCUCCCAGAGGCCCCACGGAUUCCUUGGACUGGUUAGAGGCCCUGAGUGGGGGUCCUCCACUGGGCUCUGGCCCUCCAGCCCCCAGCAUCUUCUCUGCUGACUUAUCUGACUCCAGUGGCACCCGGCUCUGGGACCUGCUGGAGGAUCCGUGGUGAUGGGUUCUGGAGUUUUACAGGGACCCAGAACUGGUGGGGGUGAAGAUGGCAAAGAGACUCCGGGAAGGGAAAUGGAACAACUAGUAGAGCCCCUCCCACCACAGACACCCAAUCCCAAUCUGGCCCCUAACUGCUGCUGACAUGCCGAAUGCCUGGACUUUGCCUUCCUACGGGCCUUACCCCCUCUAUGGUUGUGUGGUUGGGGAUGGAGGUUCAUUUGCUGCUGCCCAAGGCAAACAAGCUGCUUUCUGCUUCCUUUUGA